AGAAGCAAAGUGCACGACAUAGUCUUGCGAUGGAUCGAGCAAUGAAGUUGACGCUCAACUACCGUUCAUGGCGACAAAGCUCUCAAACAUCGUUUGUCUCUUUCGGGACAGCUCGGCGGCUCACGUUCUCCUGUGGGUCUCUUUCGGUCUCGCUUCUCCAGUGUAGUGACUAGCUCUGCUACUAAAAAUCCACCGGGCGAGAUCCUGACGCUUCGGGUUUGCUCUGAUUCGACGGCGCGGGACUCCGACCCAGAAAGAAGUCGGUUCGACUCGAGUGGGUGUUGGUAUAACUGGGAAAGUUCGCAUUUUUUGCUGUGAUGAUGAACGAAACGCUUUUGAGCUUGGGGCGUGCGGUCGAGCUGCUACUUUUUCGUGAGGGGUCGUUCUCGGUUUGGAUUGCAGAGUCCAGGGAAUGCUUACUUAGAAGCAGAAGAUUAGGAAAGAGACAAAAGGUUUUUUGAGUACUUGGUUAGCAGGGCAAGCUGCGAAGAGGAUGGCUGCUUCUGGAAUUUUAAAGAGUGAAACGUUUGAGUUUGAGUCCAAUUUAUGGCUAGUCGAUUGUUGAUUUAAGUGACUUGGAUCGACAUAAAUGCAUAAAGGAGAGGCUUCAAUAUGAUUCGCCGAUGUUGGGACCUAUUGCGGUGGCAGUGGUGGUAGGUGUUCUCAGAUGGGCAUACCGGGCAUUGAAGCCUCCACCUCCAAAGAUAUGUGGCUCGAGAAAUGGUCCUCCAGUCACGUCCCCCAGAGUCAAACUCAGUGACGGGAGGUAUUUAGCUUACAGGGAGAUCGGCACUCCGAAGGAAGAGGCUAAGUAUAAAGUUAUUAUAAUCCAUGGGUUCGACAGCUCCAAGGAUCUCAAUUUGCCAAUUCCUCAAGAACUUAUAGAGGAGCUAAAAAUAUACUUUCUUCUCUACGACAGAGCAGGUUAUGGGGAUAGUGAUCCAAAUCCUUCUCGCUCCGUGAAAAACGAGGCAUCAGAUAUUCAAGAACUAGCUGACCAGUUACAGAUUGGGUCCAGAUUUUAUGUGAUUGGGAUCUCAAUCGGCGCCUACCCUGCUUGGGGUUGCCUCAGAUAUAUACCCCACAGGUUAUCAGGAGCUUCCCUAGUUGUCCCUUUUGUGCACUACUGGUGGCAUUCAUUUCCUUCUGGGCUAUUAAGGGAGGCCUUUGGAAAAUUGCUAGUGCCCGAUCAAUGGACAUUUCGAGUCGCUCAUCGUGCCCCUUGGUUACUUUACUGGUGGAUGACCCAAAAAUGGUUUACCUCGCUAAGCAUAAUGGCUGGAAACAUGAGGAUUUUCAGCCCGGGAGAUUUGGAAAUUAUCAAGAGUUGUGGGGACAAAAUUAACCUUUGUCAGGAAAAGGUACGGCAGCAAGGUGUUCAUGAAUCUCUACACCGGGAUUUAAUAGCAGGUUAUGCAAGCUGGGAAUUUGAUCCCCUGGAACUGGAAAACCCUUUUCCCAACAAUCAGGGCUGGGUUCACAUUUGGCAAGGGUUGGAAGACCGCAUAAUUCCUUGUGAGAUUAACCAGUACAUUGCGGGGAAACUUCCAUGGAUUCGUUACCACGAGGUGCCCAACGGCGGACACUUGUGCAUCUUCGAGAGCGAUCUUUGCGUUGCUGUGAUAAGGGCGCUUUUACUGGAAUAAGCUUGCUUGUGCGGUGGAACCUACCCACCUCGCCUCCGACUUCCGUGUAACCAGUGAGGCUUCCGGAGAGCGUUGGCUUGUGUAUGGGCCAGUGCACCCGGCGUAGGUGAGGGAACUAGCUUCUGUAAUAAUUUUCUGUCGACGAGUGUGUCACUGUCGCCUCCAACUUUAUGAUUGAUGAUUGGUCUUUUCCUCA